AUGAAAGGAACCACGUCGAGAAGCGGAAGCAUUAACUUGUACAAUAACAUAACCGAUAGUCUGUCCAAAUUAAAAACGAUAAUAAAAUAUGACCAGGAAAACGAUGUGGAUAAGGGAGGGGGAGAGACGCAACAGGGGAAAGCACAUGAAGGAGGACACUGCAAGCUAGUCAAAGACGGGUCCAAUGAUGCAGCUAAGUACCCCUUCUUGGGCGGAACGGAGACUGCGGGUGGAGAUCCAGCCCACAGGCAAAGGGAUGAGAGGAAAGCGCACAGGACGAACAACAAAGAGAGGGAACUGUUGAGGAGUAUAGCCAAGGCAAAUUCGCUAAAAAAAAUAGAAAAAAAUAUAAGUCUGUUGUUAAGGUCGGAUGACGAAGAGGGGGGGGUGGAGGAAGAAGAAGUAGAGCGGCAUGUGAAUCGUUUGGAGCAGCCGCCGCAGCAGCAUUACGGCGGCAGUGAUGGGUGCGAGGCAGUGGGGCGUGGCACUGGGUUCGCACCGCGGCGCGAUCACCACCAAGGGGAAGGCUCUUUGCCCAACCAACCCUACCCCUCCACUGUGCAAACCGGUGGGCAAAUCAGAAGCAAGAAUUAUGACGAAGCGGUCGAAAUGAACAGAGACGUCAAUUAUAGGGCCCAGGCUAAUUAUCAAAUGGGAGGAAACCUGGGCAGUCUCGAGAGAAUUCCCCAGUUUAGCAGCACAGGGAGUAAAGACAACAUGAGUUAUAGCAACCAUCUAGCCCAGAGCGGGUACAUCGAUAGGGCCGAUACAGAUAUGGCGCACAGCACGGAUGGCCCUGCGGGGAAGGACCAACUGGACCUCUCACUCAUGUCCACGGAGGACCUCAAGAAGGAAUUUACCUUUUACUCCCUGAGCGAAAAGAACAGCGUGCACAAGUUUUCCCUCCACAAGAAUGACAUGCUGGAUCUUAGCCAGAUGUCGAAUUUUUCCAAUUUGUCCAAUUUUUCGAAUUUUUCAAAAUUUUCAAAAUUUUCAAACGGGAUGAGGGGCCCCAACCGGCCCAACUUCGCCAGGGGGUCCAAGCCGAAGGAGGCAACGAUGAGCGAGAGCAACACGUCAGUCAGCUCGUUCACCUUCAACGGGAAUGUUAGCAACUUGGUCGGCAGGGACCUGGUGGGGGGAAACGAUCAUGACGAGCGUGGUCAGCAUGGUCAGCAUGGCGAACGCGGAAUCAGCCCAGCCAUCCACCUGAACAGUGACCACGGCGCACAUAUCCAGGGGAGAGUUCUUUCCGCCGCAGCGAACGGCCUGGAAAAUAAAUCGUUGAGCAAAAGAAAAAAACCAGACUUGUACAUAGCGAUGGACAACACUAGCAGUAAUAGCGGAACGUACUACGAGAACAGCCUCAAAAGUAACCGAAGCAAUUUAGGCACUAGUCGCCAGAACACCUUAGAUGAGAGUCAUAGGACUUACGUAGGCAGUGGAGAUUCCUUUGAUCCCAAUUUAAGUCAUUCCAAGGUGGACAAAAAUGCCUUGCCUGUUCAUAUAAAUUUUCACACGAAGAAGGGCGAACUGAAUGAAUCGCUAUACAAUCCAAAUGGUAGCAAGACGAAUCGGAGUGGUAAUUCCAGUUGGGUGCAAAUUGGUGAAGCGGCUUCCCUAAAAAGCAGUGGCACAUUUGUGAGCAAAAGUUACCGCAAUAUGAACAGUAGCAAUAAUGUGGUAGAUCUGGCCCACUCGCAGGUGAGCGUACGAGCGAGGGGAACCACAAGUGAUCACGUGAUGGAUCAACGAUCGAUCGAAAAGAGAAAAGAAAACGCACACCUUGGGUCCAACAUCGAUUUUGACAAUAACAUUUUUAAAAAUUACAACAAGGAAAAGAAAUUAGAAGAAGGUAAAAAAUGUGGAAGCGAUGUGGAGGGGAGACUACACUCCGAGGAUAUGAUGAGCGAGGUACUCACGCAUAAUGUUUCAUCUGGUAAAGCUGCAGUGAAAGACGAAACGGAUGGUACUCUCCCCAUUAGUGAAGACGAUGUGGAUAGAAAAAAUAUUAACGAAAUUUACAAAAAGAUCAAUUCCAUUUCGAUGCUCAACGAUCUCAGUUUGAACAAGUUGGAGAGUCUCAACAGCAGUAUUAUGGACGUAUACACAAAGAGCAACGAAGAGGGCAAAUUCCUCGACGACGUCAUUUUGGACGAUAGUAUUUUUAUUAGGUCUAGUAGUCUCUACCGAGAGGGCGGCAGUCCGCAUGGAGCCACUCCUCAUGCGGUCACUCCUCAUGCCGCAACCCCUCAUGCCGCAACCCCUCAUGCCGCAACCCCUCAUGCCGCAACCCCUCAUGCCGCAACCCCUCAUGCCGCAACCCCUCAUGCCGCUUCUCCUCAAGGGGAGCUCCCCCCCGAUGAUUACCAAAACAGGUUUUCCUUUUCGUCCGACCCGGAUGCCGCGGAUAGCCUUUUCAAAAUUUCGCUCAGUUGCAACGAGGUGGUUCUCCCCAUCGGUGAAGCCUCUCGUCCAAGGGGUGACAUUGAGUCCACGCAUAGCAAUCGCGCAGACGUGGGAGAGGCGAAAAAGGAGCAGCAACGACGACGGAGAGAUGGACCUACACCAAAUAAUGAAGGCGAACUUGAAGCAACCCAUUGUCAGUUUAAGCCACGUGCGGAAGUGAGAGAAACCACAGAAGAGGAAUCCCAACGAAGGAGCAACUCCAUCAAUCAGUUGAAGGAGAAGUAUAGCAAAAGGGAGGACCUCUCGAUGGAAAAGGAAAACGAAAACGAAAACGAAAAGAAGCUAUCCGAGUUGCCUUCCCAGUUAGACAAAAACAUGUUGCUGAAAAAUACGCUAACAUUGCAGCGGAGCUAUAACAGUCUGGAGUGGAGGAAAUCCAAGACGGCCACCCUGGACCAAUUCGCUACCCCCUCCAGUGACCUGCUGCCCAAUGAGGGGGAUCCCCUGGGGGGAAGGAGCAUCUCUCGAUCGCCUGCCAACAAAACGGACACGAUCAAUCGUUUUUCCAAGCAUGACGUAUAUGUGCACGAUAUGUACGUGCGUGACGAUGGAUUAUCUAAAAAGGGGGUGGACAGUGUGCCAAACUUAUUGUUAAGCAAGAGCGGGUUUGCGAAUUGCCCCUACUCAGUCGGCAAACCUGCAGGUGUGAACAACCCAUUGGGAAGAAGAGGGGAAGAUGCUCCAGAUGAUCGGCAUGCACCUCCAUCACGAGAGUAUGAAAUGAGAAGUGAACCCAACAGUUUUUCAAUUAGUAAUUAUUCUUCCCUUUCUGGGAAGGCAACAAAGGGGGAUCCGGUCAACCAGGUCAAUUCCUUCUCAUCCGUUUUUCCGCAUGAUGACAAGGCCAGCAAUGGAGACCCGUCCCACUCUUUCCGAGGCAGCACCAGCGGGGGGGGCAUGAGGCGCAAGAGAAGCAUAAGUGACUGCGAGGGGGAGAGCGCAAGGGCAAGCGCAAGUGCAAGCGCAAAUGUGUAUAAUGAUGGCGGUGUGGACAGGGCCCACAGUGGCAAUGCGAAUGGGCUGGGAGAGAGCUCCGGAAAUCAUCCGCAGGAGGGGGGAUGGGCCAACGGGGGCGCCUCUACCGGGGGUGCCGCUGCCGGGGGUCGACACAGCAUGUUCUUCGGUGCAAGCAGAAGUGGCAUACAAAGCAGCGGAAAAAUGGAAGGGAGCAAACUGAGCGAGGCGAAGGGGGGAAGGGGCUCCAGCGAAGAGUCGCUCGGCGCGCCCAAUGACUUGGUCCUAUCGAAAAGGGAAAGCCACAGCGGAGUCAACCACGCUAGUGGCACAUACCCAUGUGAAGAAAUGUUUAACGGUGGAGAAGAAGGUGCCCGUUUUACCGCCCACACAGAUGAAGACACCAAUCACAGGCGUAACCUCUCCUAUGAGGGACCCCUCAUGAUAGAAAAGUUGGGACAAAGUCAAAAUGGAAAUCCGCAUUUUUUAAGACAACUGAGCAGAGGGAGCGACUCCCAAAGAUCUUCCUCUUUUGUGAGGUCCAACGAGAAAGAGGCACAGCCGAAUGAAGGUAAGUUCUUUCCACUUGAUAAGAAGACCACUCUGGAGGAGAGCAAAGUACCCCCAAUGGUGCACAACAAAAGUGUAGAAGGAAUAAACUACGGAUCGCAACGCUCCAGGGAAGACGAAAUUAAGCACAGCGGGAUGACGAGCGUGCCAGAUAUUCUUCACUUUGGCGAGAAUAACAAUUCCUCCGUUUUUUUUUUCGACAAUAUUUAUAACUCCUCGGAGUAUGACUGCAUUCCGAAGCCGCUGCACAGCUCGUACUUUGGGGGCAAGCGUAAGGUUUCUCUGGAAGAGGGGGGAGCAGCUGGAGAAGGCCAAACGACAUUUCAACCGAAUGAAAACCCGCUUGAGGGGACCACCAAGGGGAAUGCUUCCCGGACGUCGCCUUUAUCGGAGGGGAACCCCCUCACCACUCGCUCCAGCAUGAACGGAAGCGCGCGCUACGUACAGGGGGAAAACGAAAAUAAAUUUGAAGAGGACAUAAUGCGGAAGGGUGCAACACAAGGGAAUGGGAACGACGAAGGGGUACCUGACAGGCAGGGGUAUCUAACUAAGCAGACUCGAUCAUGGAAGGGGUUGCAAAGAAGUAGCAGCAGUGUGUUGCUCAGCGGGCCCAGUGGGGAGAUCACCCCACCGGGGGAUUUCACCCAUGAUCCCACAGUUAAGGAAAACACCCGUGAAGAUCGAAGGGGCAUCGCUGGUGCAAUUUUCGCAAAAGAAGGCGCGCAGAAGAAGGGGCCCAUUGAUCGGAACUCCACCCCGCGUGGUGAAGGGGGAAAGCAGCGGAGCAUCGACCAGGAGCAGUCCCAAAAGGGUAUGGCAGCGGAUGGGAAAUCGGACGGGAGAGCAAAUGGGAACGCGAAUGACGCACUGGAAACGUGCAGCACCAGUUACUCCUUCGAAAAGAGCGAAGGGAGUGGAAUAUACGAGAAGAAAGGACCAGCAGGGAAGCCCCACCAGCAUAUGCCCCAAGAGGCUUACAAAAUAUGUGAGCAAGCGCAGAGAGGCAGUAGAAACGUAGCGAUAGAGAAUGACUCUGCAAAUGUAGGAGGUGUAGAUGAGGAGAAGAGCAACACGAGGAAGGUGGCAGUCCCCCCGAGUGAAGAAAAAAGGAAGGAGCAUCCUAACUGCUACGAUGGAGGGGAUAACUCGCCCUUCGCACACGGUGAGGAAAAAGGUAAAAGAAGGGUAUCACCCUGCAGUGGACACAGAGAGAGCACAUUUGCUGGUGAAGAAAAAAGUGGUAACGGUUACACAGGAAAGAAGGGCAGCACAAAUGGAUUUCCCCCCCCAAGUAUGCCCGAUGAUGUGCAUGAGGAGGUCAAGAUGCACAGCGAGCAUCAGCGGAGAGACACUGAAAAGGCCCUCUCUGGGGAGAAUAUUUCUGGAGGUACCCACCCUCGUAGUGGUAGCAACCGUGAGGAUAGUUUGGAGCCCAAACAUUUUUAUAACAAACCGAGUGGGGAUUAUCAAAUGGAAGAGGCCCUAGGGGGGAGGGAGACCGACUACAUGGAGGGACAGAAUUACGAAGAAACUUCUAUAAGGAAUACACAGUACGGUAAAAAUACGGAUGACUUUUAUGGGGACCCCUACAGAUGCAGGAGUGGCCAAGGGGGGUACACGAAACGGGAUGGAGACAGCCAUCAUCAUGCUGGUAAUGAAAGCGAAACAUUUUUAUCCUCAUGCAGAGGGGAAAACUACACAUCUCAGGAGGGUGACAUCGGUGAGUACCCCUAUGGAAACUAUUUCAGUAGAGGCAAACGGGAAGACGAAUUUUAUUCUAAUCGCUACCAUGAUGAAGUGAGAAGUAAUGGGGAACCUCCCAGGAGCGGUGCAUUAAGUGAAGAUGCAUAUCUCGGUGCAGUUAAGGUGGAGAGGGCGGAACAGAACAGGGGCGAGGCUCGCAGCGGGAGAGGUGUGCAGCACAGGGGCGACAAGGAGGAGCAUGGUGGAGGUUUUCAAGCGGAGAAGAACCCGCUAGGGGGUAAAGUCCCCUAUGAGGGGGUCGACUCGUUAGGUGGCAAAGACCCCUAUGGGAGGCUCCACUCGUUGGGAGACAAAGACCCCUAUGAGAGGAUCACCCCGUUACACACAAUUCAACCGCACGGAAGGAGCCACCCGAGGGAGGGGGAAACGAAGAUGAACGCGCAUAUCUUUGGAGGCGGAAGAGGUACUCACCCAAGUGGCCUACCCACAGAGGGGGAUGACGGAAGACACAGAAAAGAAAUCGUCGUGGAAAGGAUUAACGAGAUGAUAGUAGCGCCAGACCGCAUGUACAACAGAACUGACUCAGCCAACCCUGAAAGGAAGAACGAAAGGAACACGUAUGAUCACGCGGGUGGAGAUUUUCCUCCAGCAAGACCAUCGCAGGAUUACCCUUAUGGUAGAUGCCAAAGCAGAGACGCACAUUAUCCGCACGAGCAAGCCGGAAAGGGGCAUAACUCUCGUGGAGGGGAGAAGGGAGAAAUUAUUCCAACAAACCCGUACCAGCUAAAAAAGGAUGAGCAGUUCGAAGCAGCCAUGACCCAACACAAGUAUUAUAGCAAAAAUGGCACGCAACAUUAUGAGGAUGAGACCAGUCAGCCGAUUUAUCCCUUCACCGAAUUGCUCCCAAAUGAUAUGGUCCAUUCUGGUCAUUUGGGGAGUCUUCCUAGGGAAGAGGGAUUCGUCAACCGCGUCGUGGAGGGGAAUGUCCGUGAGAAGUAUAGCUCCUUGGGGGGAUGCGAAGGGUACGAGAACUGGCCGCAGAGAGAGGGGGUGAUUGGGGAGCGGGGCAGCGAGAGGUAUGGCCCCAGCUGGAGUGGCGGCGGCGACUACCGUUAUGGAGGGUUUUGUGGAGAGGGGCACCCCGGUGAGAGGCACUACGAAGGGAAGCACCCCGCGGAUGAUCACUACGAAGAGAGGCACCCCGGGGAGGAGAACUACAAAGAGAAUCACCCCAUGGAGAGGCACCCCGGGGAGGAGAACUACAAAGAGAAUCACCCCAUGGAGAGGCACCCCGGGGAGGAUCACUACGAAGAGAAGCACUACGAAGAGAGGCACCACCGCGGCUACCCCCCCCUGUACGAAAACUUCGACAGGCACAGUGCCAUGGUUGCCCCCCCGAACAAAGUAGAAAAAUCGAAAACGAACGUAAAGAUUGGGGACCAUAAUUAUAUUUCUAGUGGCUCCCCCUAUGGAGCAGAAUUCCACACACCAGUUAUGCCCAAUGGGACUUACGUAAAGGCACAGACGUCUUACGUGGCCUACGGGGGGGGAACCAAGUGGAAGGGAAACAGCACGCAGCCGCUUGGAUAUGCACACCUAGGGGAGAAGAAAGAGCCCAUUUAUAACUACAAGGAGGCACAUGUAAAAUAUGAUUUCAAGCGAGAGAUGUAUGAGGGGAAGCACACGGGGAGUCCUCACGAGUGUGGGCAGUUCUCCCAGGUGGAUGGAAGAAGCAACACGGCACUUCCCCACGACUACUUCUUCGAUGAAGGUGCGCGAAGCGGAGCUGUGCAGCGGCAUAGCAAGUAUGCCCCGGAGGAGUUGCCCAGAAAAGGCGAGCCUGUGAUGAUGCCCCCCCGUUUUGGCGAGUCAAAGGGUGUAGAUGGGCACAAAGGAGUGGCCACCGCCCCCACUCGACAAUAUAGUGGCCGAAGCGGUGGAAACAGCGGUGGAGACAGCGGCGGAAACGGCCGUUUGGCGGUACCACUCCAUUACGAAAUGAACAGAGAGGAUAACACCCACGGGAUGUCCCCCCAAAUGGGUGACAACUACCCAAAUGAAAAUAAAACGUGGAGCUACAGAGAAGGGAGGAAGGAAUUACCCUUUAGAAAGGCAAACACAAAUUAUGAGCAUUACAGGGUGGGUAGAGACAUGGCAAGCAACGGGGAUGACCGCAUAUUUAGACACUCGGAGGGGGACACAAUGCAUAGGGGAGGCUUACCAUGGGGAGGCUCCCAAGUGGACCACAACGCAAGUAGCGGCAGUGAAAGGAACGCCAACUACAACGAGCUGCUCUACGAGCUGUUCAGGGAGAAUAUGGGCAGCCAGGGGAAGGAAAAGAGCAGCCAGGUGUUGAACAAAAUUAUGGAUGUCAUGAUGAACAUACAGAAUGACUUGAAGGAUGUGAAGUGCAAACUGAGUAGGAAGAAGAAAGGUGAUCCCCAGGAGGGGGGCGAGGCCCGCGGUGGGGAGGUUAGCGGUGAACCCAGUGGUGAGGUUAGCGGUCAGCCCGGUGGUGGGGUUAGCGGUAAACCCCAUGGUGAGGUUGUCGGUAAACCCCGUGCUCAGGUUAUCAUUCAACCAUGUGGUGAGGUGAUCGCUCACCCCCCUGGUGAGGAAACGGGCAAGCGAAACAGCCCCGAUGGCGGCCCCCCCGCAAAUAACCCCGAGCUAGACGCAAGCCUAACCCCCGUCCUGAAGAACCUCAACCACGAAGACGUGAAGGACUCAGCGGUGAGCAAAUCGAACCGGCUGUACCUGUUCAGCAAGUUUUUCACCUCCGUCUUUUACGAGCACAAUGUGAAGACGCACAAUUUUAUUAUGUUUAAUAUAUAUAACACGGAGCAGAAGAGACAGACGCACAAGGUGUCCCUCUUCCUCGAGAGGGACUAUAACGAUAUCUACAGUUUGGCCUAUAACAAUUUGCUCUUCUACGCCUUUGACUGUUAUAGCUUUUAUAAAUAUAUAAAGACCAAAUUUCAGGGCAAUUACAAAAUAUAUGAAAAUUCUACUUUGUGCCUUUACAUACAGAACAAUUACGAGACGAAUUUGAUUAACCGCCUUUUUAUUGAGCAGAACAAUUUGCACAAGAGCAGGUUUUGCCUAAAUGAAAAGAGGAUUUUGAAGACGUGUACCAAAUAUGUGGUGGAGUCUUUCCUCUCUCUUCUAGACAAGCAGGUGAAUAUAAAAAAUGUGAUACCUUUUAUGAAGAAGAGGAGUUACGAGAUCGACCAGAAGAAUUUAUACUUUUUCAUUUCCAGGUUCAAUUUGAUGGACAAGAUUUUCAGCGACUCGCAUGGCUUCGAGUGCAACCGGAAGGCCUUCGAGAGGUGCUCCCCGAACGUCAGGAACUUCGCCGUUUUUUUUAAGCGCAUUCGGGACGCCUCUGACUUUUAUGACUCCCUGGUUGGGGGGGCGCCACAUGCGGGAGAGGCAGGAGAAGCGGCGCAGGAGGGAAGGGCGUCCAAGGUGGGAGAGACGGGAGAGGCGGCACCCCCCAGUCGCAGCUACCGACUCAUCAUCGUGGCCCUGCACAAGGGGAAAUCGUUCCACUACGACAAGGCCCCCUUCAGCAGCUUCAUCAGCUCGAAACAAAGCGACAUGCACCGCUACUACAACAGCUACGACUCCAUGUCCUUCUCCAACGACGAAGUGGUGCUCUUCAACCUGUCCUAUGCAGUUCCCUUUUACUACAUAGAGUACCACAGGAAUUAG